UGACUUUGGUUUUCUCCCCCUUCUAGCCAAUAUGACAUGGGCCUUGCCAAGGAGAGGUCACACUACGGUCCCUUGCUGGGUCGAGAGGAGGAGAUCGAAAUCUUUGACUGCUGCUUGGAGGCCUACGAACUUCUGGAAGAACCAUACACGGUGGCAUUUGUGGGCAUUCCAGGCUCUGGAAAGAGCCACUUACUUGCCGAGCUGGCCGUUUUAGACCGGGCUGCUAAGCACAGGGUCACGACUGUGGAACUGACAGAGGACAACGUGAAGCAGCCCUUGUCUGGCAUCUGUCUGCUCGUGGCCAGGGCGCUGGGUCUCCAGGACAAUGAAACUUCCAGUGAGAGGCAGCGCACUCUGCAGACCAUAUUCCAAGAUACAAUAGAAGAGAGCAGCUUUUGCCUACUAAACGAUGUUUUCUCAGUUAAGUUUCCCGUCACGGACAAAGUUUCCAAGAUGUGUUCCAGUGAACGGGCCAGUGCGUUCCUCCUGACUUGUACACAAAUGCUACAGAAGGUACUUGGAGGGAAAUUUGGCAUAUUUUUCAUCGACAACGCCCACUUUGUCGACCCUCUGUCCUGGUCUAUCAUGUGGCCCAUGCUCCAAAGUGUCGUGGUCUUUAUGGCCAUGAGCUUAGCUCCAGUCAAGGACAGAACAGAGAUCAUUUUCCAAGCUGCUGCUGACGCAACAACAUCCGAGAGAAUCACUUGCGUUCGUCUGGAAGGGCUGAAAGCUUCAGCUGUGGUGCAGAAAGCCUGCCAGGACCUUGGAGUGAGCAGCAUCCCCAGGGAGCUAGCAAGGUAAGCCCAA